AUGAAGGACGCGACAGAAGGUCUCGCAGUCACGAAAGUCGUCGAGGGGUCCGCCGCGCACUGUGCCAACAUCAAGGCCGGUGACGUCAUCGAAUCCGUCUCCUGGAACUUCACUUACCGAGCGUCGCCAAACCACCCGUUCGAUAGAUCUCUCGCCGCUGAGAUCACCAAGAAGGAGAGCGAAGUGCGCAGCAACUUUGCCCGAUGCAACCACAUGGCCAUUAUCGUCUUUGUCGCUGCGUCUCGAGCCACGAAGGCCGAAAUGUGGUACCAGGCGCUGCGGGGUCGUGCGUCGGGAAACAUCAAGAAGCUCAAGAUGCUGCCACCCGCAAGUGAGACGCUCGUCCAUGGCAUGCUUGCGGCGUACAAGAGCAACCACAGGAGAUCGACCAACAAGAAGACGACAAGGCAGACGCUGACGACGUGCAAGACGACGACGAUCAAGACGACGAUCAAGACGACGAUCAAGACAACGAUCCAGACGACGAUCAAGACAACGAUCAAGACGACGAUCAAGACGACGAGCCAGAAGACGACGAGCCAGAAGACGACGAGCCAGAAGACGACGAUCAAGACGAUGAGCCAGAAGACGACGAGCCAGAAGACGACGAGCCAGAAGACGACGAGCCAGAAGACGACGAGCCAGCAGACGACGAGCAAGAUGACGAGCAAGAUGACGAGCAAGACGACGAGCAGGACGACGAGCAAGACGCGGGAGUCAUCAAGCGACUCAAUCGAUCGGUGGCUAAUAGGGUCCUAA